AUGAAUGCAGCUCGUUCUGCUCAGCAAGCGAUGAAUACUAAAAAUCUUGUUGACCUUAGUUCAAGUGAGGAAUAUGAAAGUAAUAACUCUAAUAGAGAUAAUAAUUCAGAUGAUGAAUUUGUAGAAGACGAUGAACUAGAUAACGAUAAAGAUGCAAGUUCAAUUAUAGACCGUCUUCUUGCAGCUUCAGAAGCUAGUUUUGAAAAAAAGAGACAACUAAAAUUAUAUACCGGGCUUUCUGCAAGAACUCAUCAAAGAAAAAAUAAGAUAUUAAAGGAAGCUGCAGCUAGAAGUUUAAAAAUUACAAGUUUUUUUUGCACCACUAAUACUCAGCUACCAGCCGCUGAUGAAGAAGAUAUUGAAGACCAUAAUGGUCAAGGGAAAAUGAAGGCGUCAGAAACAGUUGCAAAGGUAAUUAAUGGUGGUCCAUGGCUCGCGAAAUGUAUUAGAAAAUGGGCAAACAUUUGUAUAAUAGAGGAAUUAAUCUCACUGAGCCUGAGAGGAAAAUUGCCUACCAAAAGCCCGCUUCAUAAUAAAUUUGUAUCUCUUCAGUUAGCUACUUACUUACCAACUCAAAAGUUCAAAGCAACUCCCGAACUAGUUAAGAAUUAUUAUGAUCAACAUAUUUUACCUCGAUUAAAUAUCAGACCUGUACAACAUAUUUCAGUUCAGACAGUUCGGCCUCUUAAAGAUGAUCAGGAAGAAGCACGAGUUAUGAUGGUAUUGGGGUGUGUGGGUUUAUUUGCCUUCAAUAAUGCCACUUCACACACGGCUUUUGCUGAGGACGCUCUUGUUGCCUCUAAAAUGAAUCUUAGUCCAG